GCGCUGCCUGCCUCCCGCGGCCGGCGCUCGACGCGCGCUGCCUGGCGCCGCCCGGGCCGCCGCCGCCAUGGCCACGGAGGACGAGAUCAUCCGCAUCGCCAAGAAGAUGGACAAGAUGGUGCAGAAGAAGAACGCGGCUGGAGCUCUUGAUUUGUUGAAGGAGCUUAAGAAUAUUCCCAUGACCCUUGAGUUACUACAGUCUACCAGAAUUGGAAUGUCAGUGAAUGCAAUACGCAAGCAAAGCACAGAUGAAGAGGUUACAUCUUUAGCAAAAUCUCUUAUCAAGUCUUGGAAGAAGCUGUUAGAUGGACCUUCAACUGAUAAAGAUUCUGAAGAAAAGAAGAAGGAGCCUGCAUCUUCCUCACAAAACAGCCCUGAUGCCAGAGAAGAAAGCAGUUCAAGUAGCAAUUCCAGCAGCAGGAAGGAGGAGGGUAGUGCUCCCUCAAAUUCUUUCAUCCCUUCUUUUCCCCGGGCUCCAAGCACUUCAGACUCUGUACGAGUGAAAUGUAGAGAAAUGCUCUCUGCAGCUCUCAGAACAGGAGAUGAUUACAUUGCUAUUGGUGCUGAUGAAGAGGAGCUGGGUUCUCAAAUUGAAGAAGCUAUUUUUCAAGAAUUAAAAAACACUGAUAUGAAAUACAAAAAUAGGGUACGAAGUAGGAUAGCAAAUCUCAAGGAUGCGAAGAACCCUAACCUAAGGAAAAAUGUAUUAUGUGGAAACAUUCCUCCUGACAAAUUUGCUAAAAUGACGGCAGAGGAAAUGGCAAGUGAUGAGCUGAAAGAAAUGCGCAAAAAUCUAACCAAAGAAGCUAUCAGAGAGCACCAGAUGGCUAAAACAGGAGGUACCCAAACUGAUCUGUUUACAUGUGGCAAGUGCAAAAAGAAGAACUGUACAUACACCCAGGUUCAAACCCGCAGUGCUGAUGAACCCAUGACAACGUUUGUUGUCUGUAAUGAAUGUGGAAACAGAUGGAAGUUCUGUUAGAAGAAGAAAUUGUCAAGACUUCUGGACCAGUAUGAACAAGGAUUUUGUAAUUAGCUUUAAAAACUAGACUAAGUAUCUAGCUUCCUGCAAAUGAGAGGGUUUUUUUGGUUUUUCUUUUCUUUUUAUUUCAAAGCAGCAUACAUGCCUCAAUUUAGCCUUUGUUUUGACACAACCAUCAUUUCCUUAAAUGCCUUCCUAUAGCUGGUAGUCAGUAGGGCCAGGUUGCUCAAUUGUAUGGUGAAUUUUAAAAUAUUUUUUCAUUUUUAUAAGUAAGUUGACAUUAAACUUUUACCAGUUAAACAUUUUGGUAAUUGUCUUGUUUUUUUCUAACUAUGUGAAUAAUGUACUGUAUUUUUUGUGGUCUGAAAUAUACACGCUCCUCCUGUGUAUAUUUUGCCUCUCCACAUUUGCUCGGUUGUAAGAAUGAAAUUUGUUUCUCUCUGCUCUGUUCACUUUUCUGUGCAAGCAGAAAAGGUAUAUAAGUUCCUCAUAACAUUAAAGUCAGUUGUUAACUAAUACACAAUUUAA